UCCACUAUCAAAAGCCCACAGAACAAGCGCAAAAGCAACUAUUAGCUCCUUACAAAUACGACGGCGAUCGAACACGAUGAAGCGGAAAUGAACCAAAACGAAGUCAUCAACGCUGGUGGCGGCACAGCCCAUCACCGGUGGUGGGCCGCCGCAAGCACAGGGCAGUUGGUAUGGGGAAUUCACGCUUUUAGAAAAGGUUACGCCGGUGAAUGUCGACUGAUGCCGCUUAAAGCCUUCGGCAUCGCCUCGCUUUUCGUCGGCGCCAUCGCCUCUGCCUCCAUCGCCUCUCUUCAAGCCGCCGGCGUCCGCUCCGUGGAAGACAUGAAGGCUGUUGGGGCAAGUAUAAGAACUGGACUUGGGUUAACACGGAGGGCACGGGAUGACUAAGUAUUUUGAGCACUGAAUCCGUAGCCUAUAGAAUGUUGAUGAAUGAAGAUUAUCCAUCUUUGUGUAGUUUCUUGCUAAAAUCAUUCCAAGGGAGCACAUAGCUGAAAAGGGGUACCCCACCCAUUAACGAUUUCAGCAUUUGAGGCUGGCAACUUUUCAAUCUUAACCCAAGUGACUUCACACAUUUGCUGGAAUGGCAGCUUUAGCUGAUAGAUUAGUCACCCUCUUCUGUCACCUCUCAUUCAGCUAUGCUACAUUUUUCUUGGUGCUUGUAAGUUGUAACUGUAGCAUGUUCCUCUUUCCAUUCAGCUAAAGCUUUUUCAUGUUGGAUGGACUAAGAAAUACUAUUGUCGUGGAAAAUACUUAUCACCCAGUGCACGUACCGAAAAUAAUAAGUACAUGAUAUGUGUUUUUAUAUGUAUUCUUACUUCAAUUUAUCA